GCUAUCUUGGCUUCACACAGCUCGGGGGAUUUCUGUCUUUGUAGAAAUAUCCAAUCAAUACAUCGAAAGGCUUGCUGCAGGCAGCAUCGUGAAAAAGGAAAGGUUUUGCUGAGUAUUAUUCCAAGAUGAUGUUUCUUCCGAUCACUGGUAAAUUACUGGGAUUCUCUUGUGGGAUUUUGUUAAUUCUGACGUGUUUCAAUGAGGCAUCGGAAUCACCUAAAACAAAACAUAAGGUCCACAACAGAAACAAGAUCCAAAGAAAUAAUGCACUAUCCAAAAACCUACAAUGGGAUAACCAUGACAAUCAGGUGGAGCUACAUCAAUUGAAAGAGCAGGUCAAAAAACACUCUGAUCUCAGACAUGAUAGCAGUGAACUUGUCUCCCACACAGUCAAGUCAGCAAAUAAUGGGAACAAAGAAAAAGAUGACUGUCAACCUUUAAUGACGAACAAGAAAGAAAGCAAAGUCUCUAAUGGACACAAAAAAAUAUCACAUGACCAUCAUCUAUCUAAGACAAAAAAAGGAAAAAUUACCCCAGAAAUGAAGAUUAUAAGUAAAGGAGUGCACUACCAUUUUAACCACACAAAAAUACAUAAUCAUCACCUUCGCAAAGCACAACAUCUUCCUUCAAAAAUGUUAUUCAACAACCUGAAAGAUUCUGGCAGUGGUCUCGUUGGAAACAAAAAAUUAAACAAUCUUUUGAAAACUGCAUCAGGCCGAAAACUUCCCAAGAACAAAAUCAAGAAGUUGAAGAAAACUGCCGAGAAGAAGAAGCUAGUACCAAAGUUGAAAGCAAAGUUCAAUGUGUGAUCAUACAUGUAUUUUCCAUAUAAGUCAGUUACUAAUAGGCUUCAGCUCAAAGAAAAUAAGCUAUUCAUGGGAAUAAUUGCUAUUGAUUAUUUAUUCAACCCAUUCACUACGGCUGGGGCGUAUAUUUCCCAGUGCUCCUAUCCCCCUCAUACUGUGACUGGGAUCAAGUCAAGUCAAAGUUCAUCAUCAGAAACCAAUGAUGAACUUUGACUUGACAUGAUCCCAGUUGCAGCGUGAGAGGAUGAGAGCACUGGGAAAUAUACGUACCAGCUACAGUGAAAGGAUUAAAGAGAACUGACGCUAUUAAUUAUUCAGUUACUUGCUUUUUAAUGCUUAGAUAUAAAGUUGCAGGAUAUAGUCUGAAAUUCUAAACCCUGUAUUUACUUUCUAGAAUAUAUGUGAUGUUUAGAUAGAUGUUUUUUAUUAGACACGUACCCAUUUCACAGAGGGCAUGUUAUUCAUCCAAAUAUACAUAAGUAGCCUGAAUUCUUUAUAAAUGUCAACAGAGCAAAUAGCACAAUUAUUGAAGUACUUCUUCCUGAUAUAUGUAAACAAAAUUUUAGUUUUCAUUUCUCUUCUUAACAUUCCACAUACAAAAUGUAAAACAUUCACUUUUCUCUCUCUCUCUCUCCAUUAUAUAACUUUCACUGAUAUUUUCAUUAGUUGUUUUUGAUUGUACAACUUCCUCUUAUUAAUUUUUUAAGAUUUUUUUCAUUUAGUUUAUAAAAAAUCUUAGUGAAAAGCACCAGCCACAUCAAUUAAGAUGAAAAACAAGCAUAUACAGUAAAAUAGUAAACUGCAACAUAUUUAGUAUUUAUAAGCAAUGAAUUUAAGUGACAUAAAAAUGUGAAACUGAAAAAAUGCAUUAGUUUGUUCUAAUUACUUGAUAACUUAAUCUGUUAGUAAAUGUUGCACACCAGUAAGAUGUAAGUAAAAGUAUAAUAAAAUAAGUAUUUGUAAUACAUACACAUUAGAAUAAUGACAAACUUACCAUCAAAAAUUCAUUUAUAGAUUCAGUCAUUGAACUAGAAGAUACAAUGUCAACAACAGACUAAAAAACAGAUCAUCUCACUGAAAAUUAAUUUUUGUAUUUU